GAGACUUGCCGGUCGACUUGUCUCGAGAUACAGGUCUUUUUCUACUAGAGUCGGUGCUCGCUCGCACACGCGUUCGCCUAGUGUCAGUGUGUGAGAGUGUCUGUGUGAGUGUCAGAGUGACAGUUCGUAAACACAAGCCAUGUGGUACCUCAGGAAUGGACGCUCCGUCUUCGACAGGGAUGCGUUUCAGAGACCCGCUCCAGAUGACCACCGCAUCUACAGGCCGUCCACCUCGCGGCCGCCCGUCGCCAUAUCGGGGGCGUCCGGGGGGUCCGCGGUGUCGUCCACCACGUCCAUGGCGGCGUCCGAGUGCGGCAGCACCACCCUGCUGCUGCCCAGCCGCCACCAGCCCAAGCUGCAGCCGCACGCCCCCAAGGCGCCCGCCAAGGUGCCCGUCGUGUCCACCGUCUCGUCCUGCUCGUCCGUGGCGGUGAGCGACUGCGGCAGCGGGUCCCUGUUGCUGCCGGCCACCCCGGCGCACCAGGCCGCCACCGCCACGGGGCCGCGCGCGCACAAGCCCAACUGCCGCCACCACCCCGACAAGCAGUACCUGCGCGACAAGGAGGGCGACAUGCGCGAGAGGAACCUGCUGCUGGCCGCCCCCACCCUGCAGGGCCUCCGCAAGGGCGACGCCAAGUACCAGGAGGUGCCCGACGACGACGAGUCCGAGCUGGAGACGCUGGCCGACGAGGAGGCCGGCCACGCGGGGCGCACCGGCAGCAUGUGGCCACAGGUGAUGGCGGCCCUGUCCGUGUCCCUGGGCUCCAUGGUGGUGGGCUUCGCGUCCGCCUACACCUCCCCGGCAGAGACGAGCAUGAUCAAGGAGCUCAACAUGUCCGACUCCGCAUGGUCCUGGACCGGCAGCCUGAUGCCCCUCGGAGCGCUCGGCGGCGGCAUCGCGGGCGGCCCGCUCAUCGAAGGCAUCGGCAGGAGGACCACCAUCCUGGCCACCGCAGUGCCCUUCAUCAUCUCGUGGUUCCUGAUCGCGCUUGCCAACAACGUCAUCAUGGUGCUGAGCGGGCGCGCCAUCGCCGGCUUCUGCGUGGGCAUCGCGUCGCUGUCCCUGCCCGUGUACCUGGGCGAGACGGUGCAGCCCGAGGUGCGCGGCACGCUGGGCCUCAUGCCCACCACGCUGGGUAACACGGGCAUCCUCUUCUGCUUCCUCAUGGGCAAGUUCCUGGACUGGGACAACCUGGCCAUGCUGGGCGGCGUGCUGCCCGUGCCCUUCCUCGUCUGCAUGUUCCUCAUCCCCGAGACGCCGCGCUGGUACAUGUCCAAAGGCAAGCCCAAGGAGGCGCGCAAGGCCCUGCAGUGGCUGCGAGGCAGCAAGACCGACAUCUCCCACGAGAUGGGCGAGAUCGAGCGCGUGGCCAACGAGGCCGAGAAGAACGCCGGCGACUCCUCGCAGUGCAGCGAGCUCUUCAGCCGCGCCAACAUCAAGCCCCUCCUCAUCACCAUCGGCCUCAUGUUCUUCCAGCAGAUGUCCGGCAUCAACGCCGUCAUCUUCUACGCCACCAAGAUCUUCAAGGACGCGGGCAGCACCAUCGAGCCCAGCCUGUGCACCAUCAUCAUCGGCGUGGUCAACUUCAUGUCCACGUUCGUGGCCACCAUCCUGAUCGACCGCCUGGGCCGCAAGAUCCUGCUCUACAUGUCGAGCGUGGGCAUGACCAUCACCCUCGGCACCCUGGGCAGCUUCUUCUUCGUGCGUGACGUCAUGGAGGUCAAGCUGCAGGAGCUGGGCUACGGCUGGAUCCCGCUCGCCUGCCUCGUCAUCUACGUCGUGGCCUUCUCCGUGGGCUUCGGCCCCGUGCCCUGGCUCAUGAUGGGCGAGAUCCUUCCAGCCAACAUCAGAGGCACGGCCGCGUCGCUCGCCACCGCCUUCAAUUGGUCGUGCACCUUCCUGGUCACCCUCACCUUCCAGCAGAUCAUGACCGGCAUGGGCCAGCACGGCGGCUUCUGGAUGUUCGGCACCGUGUGCUGCAUAGGGCUGUUCUUCGUCAUCUUCUUCGUGCCCGAGACGCAGGGCAAGAGCUUGGAGGACAUCGAGAAGAAGAUGACCGGGCAACGCAUCAGGCGAAUGUCCAGUGUGGCCAACCUCAAGCCCCUGCCUAUGGCCGUGUAGACGCGUGGACGGACCACCUGUGCCACCUGCGUUGCUGGCAACGUGAAAAAAAAAUCUGGCAUCCGGUAUUUGAACCCAGGCCCACUCGCCUUCCACAAAGGCAGGCCCAUCACGGUGGAACGCGCCCGCGCACCCGCAGAGCACCCAGCCAGUGGUGUCUCGGGGCGGCACGCGGCACGCACGCAAGGAUCCGAGGAUUCACCAAAGAAAGCCCACUGGGGCAAACGCGGCGUCUCGUUAGUCGUUACACGGUGCCAAAAAGUGAUGUCACAUAGUGCCACAGGGUACCGCUCAGCGGUCUCGCUAGUCAGCAACACACCAAAGCUCUCUGAUACAUUGUAGAUAUCACAAUAUCACUGGAAGGAAGCGUUCCAUCUUUUUAGUCGACAAGAGGAAACCUUAUCGUCAAUUUUAAUAUUACUGAAAUGUUAAGCACAAGUUCCUUUAGGUAAAAUUUUAAAUUGACCGUUCAGUUUGGCAAUAAUAGUCAGUUAGAAAAUAUUUGGCAGGCGCCAGAAAAAAAUGUCUUUGAAAGCUUAAUUUUUAUUUUUAUUUAUGACCAUAGCACAAAAGGUGUGUGCAGGAUUAGGUACCACGUAGUACUACGUACUACGCAGCUUGUCCUGCCAGGACACUGCAAGGUUUGUAGCUCAAAGAGGCGCACUCGAUCGGUCGGAAACCGAACACGCGAAUCUCCCAUUCCUCUUAUUAGAUACCAGUAGGAUAUUAGUAGGAAACGUGAUCUGACUAUUAGUGUGAUUUUUUUUUUCCUUUGAGGUUGUACAAUGGGAAUAUUUCACUCUUAAGUGUCAUUCCUUUGUACCACUCAAUAAUUUUAGUGUUAUUUAUUUAUUGCAAUUAUUGUAGAUAGGUAGAUUUUCAUAUUUCUUGUUGUCAACCCACUCGUCACCCACCCAACCAACAAAUUUGACGUUGACAAAGUGACCCUCACACUGUCAAUACAUUCCACUGUAUAAAUAACCCAUGAGAGAAGUGAGCUGAUUAAUGCACACUCCCCUAAUGCAUUUCCCUUUCCCCAAAUGUAUAUAAUAUUAUGAGAUUCGUUUUAUGUCGGCUGUGCGUCAAUUCAAGACUGGCAAUAUUCUUAGCCAAAUCUCUGAUAAUAGUAAUAAAGUUUUUAAUAAUUUUACUUCUGAUAACAAUAAUAAGCAAACCUAAGAUGUUUAAUAAAUUUUUCUUGUUGAAAUUAGAUUAUAGUUUCUACUGUUACAUUUUUGAGAUUGUUGACUGUUGUGGUGUCUUUGAGGUAGGGUGGCAGCUAUCACAUUCCUAAACAAACUGUACUUUGAUGGUUCUAAAACCAGAACCUCUUUCUAAAAAAAUUAACAAGCUGAAGAAAGCACAGAUUGUCAUGUAGCCCUGCCUAAGGGAAACAAGAAUGUGAUGAUAAAAUAAAACUCAAUUAAAAACUGA